AUGCCUCCGAAUCGCGUCUCGAACCUCUCCCCCAAUCUCCUGAACGGCAUCUUCGCCUCCCUCAGCCAACCGUCCCGCCGCUGGUCCCUCCUCCGCACCCUCCAAAGCGACAACCCCCGUGACAUCAACGGCGAACUCCGCGGCACAGCAUCCUUCCAUCCUCUGCGGCACAGCUCCGCGGCGUCCGACCACCGUGAUGUAGUCUACCGCGAGGAGGGCGAGCUACCGAAAACAUUCGGGCCGGGACUACGCUGGACGAAGAAGUACAUCUGGCGGCAGGGGGAGAACGGGGGGAUAAGUGUUUGGUUUGUGAAGGUGAAGCCGACUGCCAAACAGCCGGAGGCCCAGGAAGAGGAGGAUGAGGCGGAUUACCUGUUUCACAAUUUUGAUUUCGAAGGGCAGGGGCAGGACGAAGCGGAGACGGUGGACGCGAAGGAGUCGACGUUUGUCACGCCACCCGUGCCGCCGCUCGUUCCUUCAGAAGAGGAUACGGCUGUGAUUAUGGCAAGGGGGGACCAUCUGUGCAUCAAUGAUAUGUACCGGACUGCGUAUGCGUUCCGGGUACGGCCUGAGUCUGGGGAAGUUGUGAGCUGGUCGAGUCGGCAUGUUGUCAAGGGGCCGAAGAAGGAUCAGGAUAUUGUAAAUUUUUAUCAGAUGGAGGGCUGA